UGGCGUGACGUCACCUCGCCGCGCUCUGAUUGGAGGAUGGCUCCGGGCGGGAGCUCGGGGGUAAACAAAGCGGUGUCGUCUUUUCUCCGCAGCCAUUGCGGAAGGCCUUUUCUGUGGCUCUCGGAAAUCCACUGCUAGUGCUUGAACGAAGACGCGGCAUACGGAAAAAAGAGACCGGAAAUACCUCGAAAUGUACGUUACUUCGUUUGACGCGAAAGAAUUUACCCUGGGAGCAUACGAAGCAUCAAUAUGCGUCCCGGUCUUCGGCGGUGAGAUGUUGAUGUGAGCCCCCCCAACGUCAGCACGGUGAUGUGCGACGCGAGUGAGCCUUUCUACUUUUUGGCGGAGACCCCUUUUCGCCAGCAAGUGUCUCGGUGUCUCCGUGAAGCACCGAAGUGUAGCUACAGCCCUCUUCGGCGAGCUGAACGGGCUGCUGAGCUUUCGAAGGGCGAUCUCCCGCAGCGCUGGAACCCGGAGAACCGCGCCAUGGCGCUCGCUGAGAAUCCACCGGCUGCCGGGCUACUGAAAGGGCCCUCUGCUCGGAGGACAUGUUGCGGGCCCUGUGUAAUGCCCUCGGCGCCUGUGCGACUUCAGGGGGUCUGCGUUUCACGGCCCCGUUACCAGCUGGGAAAUUCUCCAUGGAGGGGACGACAUCCUGUCCAGCACCAGCUUCACCAUCUGGGACCAAGUGCACGAGGGGUCGCACUGCAAGCAGAUGAAAGGAGGGCACUGCGACCUUGAGGUCAAGCUUGUACAUCUACCAUUACAGUCCUGAAUGGAUGCCAAUUGGUACUGAUGACCUUAUGAAGGUGAAACGUCCCUGGAUCUAAAGGGAAAAUUUGAUUGAAGGCGAGCUGAAGUUGUUUCUGACUUUAUCCUCUUAUGACUUGAAAGUAAUCUGCCUACUUCAUGAAUAUUGAAGAUGCAGAAUUUGUUUCCGUAACUGUCCCACUUCAACGUAAUGUGCACAUUGAAACCUGUUCCUUUUCUUUUUCUGCUUUCCGGCGAGAAAAAAAAGCCAACGAAUCUCCCUUUUCCUUCUCGCAAUGGGGAGGUGUGCAAGACUGAUUGCAUAUUUUAUAUAAGCAAUCAGUUUCAUAAGUGAAUGAAGAUAAAAGCAGAAUACAUGUUCACAGAUUAUUUGUGAAUUCUUAGACUUGCUGAAGUGAGUAGUUUAUGUUCGAGUCAUGUAAUUAUGAAGUCAAAACCAGAUUUAGUGCAUUUUUAAGAAGCCUUUUAGACCUGAGAGUUCUGUUUUGACUCAGCAAUACACAACUCACCUUUGUUAUUCCUAUAGCACAGCCGAAACUAUAAACAUGAGCAUGUUGCCUGACCAAUGCUUGAACUGCCGUGAAAUCGACGAAGUCCCUAUCCUUCGAGAACAAGUGUCAACGGGGAAUAGUCGAAAGACCAGGGUCAAGUAUGCACACACAUACUUGAUUUCAAGCUUGCAGAUUGAAAUAAUUGUUUAUUGAAUCGUAUCCAUUCUUACACCUGUUUGAGAUUGUAUUGGUUCAUAUUCACAG